CUGCAUCUGAUCAGUCAUUGUUCAGAGAUUUUACAUUUCAUCGUAUCGCCUUCGAAUUUGCCGGUAAACCUAAGUAGCAGUUGGUAUUUUUGACGGAAAUUUACGAUCUGUGAAGUGAAGAUUCGUUCUUGCGGAGAUCCCUUCCUAUUUCUCUAUAGAUCUUGAGUUUGUCUGCAUGAAUCGAGAAAUUGAGUAGCUUUUGAAAAAAUUUUAAACUUUCACGGGAUGAAAUGUGUAAAAUAAUUUGCUUCUUCAGUUUUAGAUUGGAUCUUGGCCUGGGUUUCGCUUGAUAUGGACGGUAGACUAGGAUUUAGCAUACUAAUCUCGAUAAUCCAGUGCUCUACAAGGAGCUUGCGUAUGUUUGAGGGGACUUGAUUUAUAAAAUACUUGGUAAGGAACUUGGGUCUUCUUUUCUGCUCUCACUGGGAAAGGCGAGUUUGACUGAGUUCAUUCCUCGAAAAUAUGUUUUGGAGGGACCGUGAAAAGGAAAAUAAGGAGCCGAAUGGCGGCCCUCUUUGCGGGCAGGUUCGAGUGCUUAUCGUUGGAGAUUCAGGUGUGGGGAAGACUUCACUUGUUCAUCUAAUCGUAAAAGGUUCUUCCAUCAGUCGCCCUCCUCAAACAAUUGGAUGUUCAGUUGGUGUGAAGCAUACCACUUAUGGAAGUCCCAGCAGCUCUUCUAAUAGCAUUAAAGGUGAUGCGGAGAGGGAUUUCUUUGUUGAACUAUGGGAUGUGUCAGGACAUGAGCGAUACAAAGACUGCCGCUCACUUUUCUAUUCACAAAUCAAUGGUGUUAUUUUUGUUUAUGAUCUCUCUCAAAGGAGGACAAAAACAAGCUUGCAGAAGUGGGCAGCGGAAAUUUCAGCAACUGGAACAUUCUCAGCUCCUCUAGGAUCUGGUGGGCCUGGUGGCCUUCCUGUCCCAUACAUUGUUGUUGGUAACAAAGCAGAUAUUGCUGCAAAGGAAAGAAAUAGAGUAAGCAGUGGCAAUCUUGUUGAUGUUGCUCGCCAGUGGGUUGAGAAGCAGGGCUUGCUUCCAUCAAGUGAAGAACUUCCUCUGACAGAGAGCUUUCCUGGCAGUGGGGGCCUUUUUGCUGCUGCCAAAGAAGCGAGAUAUGACAAGGAAGCCCUGAUGAAGUUUUUCCGUAUGUUGAUCAGAAGAAGAUACUUUUCAGAUGACUUACCUGCAUCAAGUCCAUGGUCCACUAUGCCAGUUCAGAGACCCUACCACCGUUCAGGAGAAAUUUCGAGUGAUGAUGAUCACUUCAGCCAGAAUAUGAGUUUGAGCGGUGACCCGUACAAAUACAAUGCACAGCCUCCCCUUCCGGCUCAACGCAACCUCACGCCACCUCCCACACUUUAUCCUCAACAGCCAGUGUCCGUGGCUGAGAAUUACAACCUCCCAAGAUUUAUGCUUAAUGAAUCCCCAGAAGUUGGCAACACAAGAUCCAAGCGAAUGGAUAUCAAUGUCUGAUUUCUCUCUGAAACACAAGAUUCAAGUGAAGCUUGUCUGGCAACAUUGAAAGGAAACAGAUAUGAAUAUAUUGUGCAGGUUUAAUUCUUCUCUUCUGCCUUAUGCUUGUAACUUGCCUCAUUUGUUUGUUAUUUUUUGCACUGUUCCAUUGGAGGGGGGGGGGUAUGGGGGAGGUGUUCCUGCAUAUAGUUUGGUUGAAUGUAUAAUGAUUGAUUUAUUCAAGCUGAAAGUGAAAAGCCAUUUUUUGG